AUGGAAUGCUCUCCUGCUUUGGCGUCUCUUCACACCAAUGUCUGUAUUCUUAACCAACAAACAAAACCGACACUGCCUUCUUUGGUUUCUAGCCAUGGCUUUGGACAAGCACAAGCACCUUCGUUGUGCCACGCGAUUCUCCCCCCACAGAAAAUAAAAUUAAGAGGUGAAUUUUGUAAGCAAUGGGAAAGCACUUUCGAGACAAACGCUGUGCGUUUCCUUCGGAGAGUAGUCAUCCUGGAUGUACGUGGAAUAUACUUCAUGUUAUCAAGUAUCAUCACUGGCGUUAUGCUAAGAGAAGAUAUUCAAACAGAAGGUGUGCAGGUGGUAGCCAUGUCGCUGGAGAUAUAA